UCGGAUCGGUCUGUGUGUAGUUACCGGAUUUAUCUCCGACGCGGUUCCGGAGAACAUCUUGUCGAGAGCGGGCGAGUAGCAGUUAGUAGUAGUAAUAAUAAUAGCGGUAGAAGAAUCCGCGGUAAGACUCCUUUCGCGAGUUUCACCGACUUACUUAGGUGCGCGCUCGGAGAAAAGCGACGUCAGUUCGCAGAGGCGAUUUGCCGAGAACGCAAAAGGAGUGCGAGUGCGAGCGCGAAAGUUUCAUACGCGAAUGUGACGUACGAGCGGUUCCUCUCUUUUGCAAGGUCGAAAAUGGAAAACGCAUCCGCCGAUCGCGACGUUUUCCGCACGAUAAUCGACAAGAAACUUUUAUGAUCUGAGAAUAAAAAAAAGAAAAGGGGAAAAAACGAGAGAGAAAAUAAUAUUCCCAGAUCUCAGAGUUUCCUUAUUAAGGCCAAAUAAAAGUAAUAUGCGAUGGAUUAAAGACACUCUGAUACAAGCCGAGAUAAGCUCGGACUAAUUAAUUUAUUAUCUCAGUGUGCUAUAAUUACAAUGCAAAGAGAGUAGACGAUUAGUUUAUUUCAUCGCAAUCAAUUGUUUUUUUUUUUUAUAUAAAUUUUUGUACAUUUUGAUAUGAUUAAUGGACAUUGGGGAUUAAAUGCACAUUCGCCUGCAUGAUUCUUGAGGAGAUCCUAAGUUUGUGCAACAGAAAGAACGUGAUCUUUAUUAUUCUGUGCGCCGCGGUCAUUUACGUGCAUCUCAUCAGCGAGAACGAGACAAAGUGUGUCCGCGGGAAAGGAUCACGGUGUCGCGAAGACGAAGAGGCAUCGAGGUUCCUGAUCGCGCUGCAACUAUGCGGAAGGCGAUUUCCGUGCUCGCGCUAAUCGCAUUCGCGUGUGACAUUUCGCACAAUCCCCUGGUCCACGGCGACCCUAUCGGGAAUCCGGAAGUUGCGAGAAAAAGCGAUGACUACGAGCAUCAGAAAGAAUCGAAUGGACAAUUCGACGGCGCGGAAAUGCCACGAAGAUCCAUGGAGGAUCGCGAGCAAAGUCCAAGCGAGCCCGUAGGUAAAUGGAGAAGCAAUGGCGAGGCUCUCGAGCCAAAGUGGCGAGACGGCGAUUACAUACCCCUUUUACCAUUCUCUAACUACCGGUCCUACACAAGGGAUGAAGUCGACGAUACCGAAGACUUCCCCGAAACGAGUCGUCGACCGUUCAAGUAUCGUUAUUCGAUCGAUCAACCGAAUCAUCCUCAAGGGAGUCCAAACAGAGGCGUUUCAUCUUCGGAAGACUACGACGAAGCGACAUAUCGAAGUCGCGAAGAUUAUCCGCGCGAUAGUUCGACGCUGGAUGAGGAAACGAUGGAGAGCGCGGCGAGCAACAAUGGGAAACGCGAUCGCAAUAUCGUCAAUGAUUCAGUUAACAAUGAUAGGGAAGCCUCGAGAUAUCACGAGGCCUUCCAGGCUCGACCCACCAACGAGUACGAACAGGAAUUCAAUGAUGAGGAGUACAUGAGACCUCGUCCAAGAAAAAGGAGACCACCGCAGAAUUAUGAGUUCGCUCUAGUGAACGAAGCAUCUUCUAAUGAGGAAAACAAAGAAUCGCGAGAUGCUUCUCGACUUCCGUUAUCGGAAGUGCACGAUAGUGAAAAUCUCCCGGUAAUGAUGCGAUCAUCCAACGAACGAGAAAACGCGCUCGAAUUAAAAUCACUCUUGAAGAUGCAGCAAGAGGAGGGCUCGAGUCUGUCAGAGAUUCUGCAACGCAGGAAUCUGAGCUUAAGCGAUCUCCUGAAGGGCAACACCGAUGUGAUCAAUGCUCUAAAAUCAAGAAUCGCUGAUGAGUCCGACGAAUACAUCGAGGAGAUGUCAAAGGUGAUGUCCGAUUCGUUAAUGAAACUCGCCGCAACGGUAACACCACCUUGGGGAUCCAUGACGACCGAAAGUACCACUAUAAAAAUUUCGGCGGCUUCAAAUACUUUAGAUAAUUCCAUAUCCAGGGUAAUGAUCGUCCCACAUAAAGUUUCAAAAAAUUAUGACGCAGUAUCUUCAAAUGACACGAAUCGCAUUAAAGAAGAAUCAAAGGAAGCCGAAAAUAUCGUGAAGCAAUCUGUGCGUGAUUCUUUGUGGCAAAGAAUGGCUUCGACAACUCCUCCGAUCGUCUCGACAGUGAUUACCACAUCGACGACAUUGCCACCGAUCGCGGUGAACUCCAUGGAAUACUUUCUGAAUGACGAUGGUAACGCGGGAUUGACGAACGAACGCGUGGCGAAAUUCGAGAAUCUUGACGAGGACGAGAUCAUGGAGUUUUCAGACUUUACGGACUUCAAGAAGGGAAAGAGUUCAGCGAAAGCGACGAGCGAAAGGAUCCCCUCGCAACCAUCAUCUCGCGAUAUCGAGUCCACCUUGAGCAUCGAACAAAUUCUCAAUCCCACGGAGCGCAUUGAGCCGACGAGAUAUCGCAAGAACGAUCAAGACAGCAAUACUGAAAGUAUAAAUAAUAAUAAAAAGAUUAUUGAGGAUCAAUCAAUUUCUAUUGGCGAACCGGCGUCUGCGGAGGAUUACAACACGUUUAUGGAAGCCGAGUAUCAGAACGAUGCUCCGAUCUCUGAAGAUCAUGGAAAGCAAAAUAAAGUGAAGAAUAAUUCAAGCGCUAGUCAAACUGAUGCUGUCGCGAAUCCAGUUGAAAAGAAACAAACCGUGGACUCAAACGAUGAUAUAAAAAAGCUGUACGAUAAGAAUCACUCGACCGAGUAUCAUCAGGUGAGUCGAUCGCCAAUGGAAAAGAUUCGCAAUCGCGCGAGUUUGGAGAAUCAUCAAGGUGUGGAUAGUAGACGUUAUGAGGAGGUCAUCUCCGAAAUCGAACCGGAGGCACGAGCAGAGAUCUUCGAGCUAUUCGCAUCCGGCUCGGCCGGCAAACGAUUGGAGCGGCUUCUAAAGUCAAGAAACAUGAGCUUGGAGGAGUUGAUAGCACUGCGUCAAAGAGGGUCCAGCAAGGUGCACUUGACAGAAGUGUCGCGAUUAAGAGUAACUAAACCACAGAACAAUCUUCAGUCCUUGGAAACCUCCAGAACAAACAAUGAAGAGAUUAUCCUACAGCUCUCACCAACUGCCAAUUUCAAUGGACGCAUCAGCGAAGAUAGGAAGAUUUCUAAAAAGGAAAGCGCAAAGCGACAGAAGGCAGAAGAAUCAAUGACUCAGUUCAUCAAGCAAGACAUCAUGGGCUAUUUACAGAAUCCGUUCUUUGACAAGAAUGUGGAGAACAUGUCGAUGUCGAGAUUGCUGAAUCUCGUCGAGCAUGACAGGAACGCGUCGAGGAGAACGUUUCCUGAAAAUGAUACAUUAGAUGAACAUAGCGAACUACAGAAUUCCCGUCGGACGAUGCAGAUCGUUGAUUUACUUACGACAUUUGAUUCUUUUCCUUUUGUAAAGGACGUACAACGACAGUUCGAUACAGUUAAAAUCGAUAAUAAUGAAUUUAAACCUAAGCUUCCGAUAAACAAUGAUAACGCGAGCGUAGUGUUAGUCGACAAAGGUACGAAGAUCAUUGGCGCAGAUAAUUCCUCUAGCCAAUUCCAUGCCGGAUAUGUAAAAGAAAUCGUGAGGGAGGAACCAAAUAUCAUCGAUAUAAAAACGAUUUACGGGGAAACAAUAAACAAUGGGGAAGAAAGAAAGACCCUGUCACAGAUGAAACCAAGCAUAAUAGCAAGCGGCGCGAUAUUGGGCGUAACGAUCGUCGUGUUCCUGGCGAUCUUCAUAGUAUGCAGGAUUCGGCAGAAGCAAAAAUACACAUAUAGAAACACAUUCUCCCGCGCGGUGUUCCAGAACCCAGUUAUGAUGGCGAGAAAGCUGUCGAAUUCCAGCAGCCUGAGCACCGUGAUGGUAAACGUUGUCGCGACAUCGACAACCAAGAGGCCCGAGAGAACGGAAAUGCAGGAGACCGUAGAGGAGUUCGAUGGCAAGAGUGAUAUGGAUAACGACUCGUUGGACGGGAAUGACAGUUGGGAGACAAUACCUGAUUACGCGAAAUAAUUCGUUGCUGGCACAAUGAUAGUCUAUCAGUUUGAUGCAGAAGAUUGUCGCGUUUAUCAAAUGAAACUAAAACAAUUAUAUCCAUUUAUAACUGCAUUUUUUUAUUUUAUAAUUUUUAUUUUAAAUGAUAUAAUAUUAUCAUCAUUGAAACCUUUCCAAUACAUUUCUUUUAUUUAAAAAAUUUUUAUUUUUUUAAUCCUUAUAUUUAAUAAAAUAAGAUUUAAUAAGAAUACCGACAAAAACUUUGCAUCAAUCUAGACAGCCACCAAUAUUUUCGUUUAUCAAGAAUAAACUAUACUAUAAAGGCUGAUUGGAUGUCCUUAGCGAGCACUUUGAAGCACUAUAUUGAUUAAAUUAGUCAUGAGAUUUUAUCGACAAAGGAUUAAAAUUAAACCCGUAAAUAUAUAGAUACAUAUUUUUUUAAAUUAGAUCGACCGAUACAAAGUUGCGGAAAAAGAUUGUAAUUAAAUUACUCUCUCUGAAUAAUAUUUAUCAUCUCGGCAAAUAAUUAAUUGCAAAUAUUCGAGCUAAAUCUAAUGUGACUUUGUCAUUAAAUUGACAGAUAAAUUAUAUUUUGCUGAGAGAAAACUUCCAUAUAGAAUAAGAUAUAUUUAUUUAUAGGUUUAUAUAUAUUGUAUAAGUUGUAUUUUAUAUAAAAAUUGUCAAUUUUAUUCGUUUCAUUUCAUGAUUACCUAUCCUAAUUUAAAAGA